AUGACUGAGAUAACAGAAACCCCCGAAGAGUUAACUGUUAGACAACUUAUUAAAGGGAUUAACGAAUAUGCUUAUGACAAACUUCCUCCAACAAAAUUAAAAAAAGACGAGUAUGUUCAAAUCUAUAAGAAAUUCGUUACCCCUUUAAAGGGUCAAAAGCCUAAUGAUUGGAGCUCUCGUCUAAAAAAUAUUUCUGCCGAAAAAUCUCCAGAAUGCGUAAACAAAUAUAAUUCCUCGCUAAAUUCUACUCCGCUCCACUCCGCACUGCACGACGACUAUUUAAUAAAAAAACGUUCUCUAGAAUUUCCCGUUGAAAAAAUUUCCUCAAUUAAUAAUUUAAGGCGCGGGAAAGUUACUACUUAUAAAGUUGACAGACAAGUACGGAAGUUCUCUAAAUUUUUUUUAUUAUUCUGGAUUCUCCUCCUUGUAAUUCUCUUUGCGGUUUACAUAAAUACCAGCGAAAAUCCUACAAAGGAAGUAGGAAAACCACAGUGGCAGGAUUUUGUUUUCAAGAUCCUCAAGAACCAACGAGGAGCCCAUAACUGUGAUCCCGGAAAUUCUUAUAAAGUUUCUUUCGAAGAGUUAAAAUAUAAGUUUGCUAAAAAGUUUGAAGGGUCUUCUGAAUUUUUAUUGCUAAAAACGUUAUUGCAGUUGGAAAACAACCCGCACACUAAAAUAGAAGGCAACCCACGUGAUGGAUAUUAUACAAAUGCUGACUAUUUUCCGGUGCUUUGCCGUUUAAAAAAAAUAACAGCAGCAACUAUUAGUUUUACUAUACGUGCAUUUAUAGGAACACUACUUUUUAUACUUUCUCUCCUCGUUAUAAUAAAUAUAAUAAACCGAAGAAAAGCUAAACUUGAAGAGUUUAGAGGGAACGUGCAGGACCUUCAUCAGAAAAUUAUGAAGAAACUUCGCUCUAAAAAGAGAUAUGAGGUGUCCAAAUUGCGUCUUGAAGUAAUUGAAGGACCCCAAUUUCUUCCUUAUAUAGAAGAUAAGUCGGAAAGGGAAUUGUUAUGGAAAGCAGCGAAAUCACUAGUCCAAAAUGACCAAUUGCAUGUCUCCGAAUACACCGUGGAUGAUAUGGGAAUAGCAAAAAUUGUUUGGGAAUAUAAUGAAGACGAUGAUGAACUCGAUUAUUCGUUAUAUCCAUCACUUUGA